AUGCCUAUGCUUAUAUUACUGCCAAUCAUCUCUAUACUUAAUUUCAUUGAACAACUGUAACUUAACUUACAGGAUUCCAAUUUAGUUCUUAAAAAAAAUAUAAAUUCAAAAUUGAAAGUGAAUCGUCAAUAUUAUCUUAUUACUUUUGUGACUUUUUUAUUAUGGAAUAUGAAUAGCUAGCUCAUUAUUGAAAGACUAUUUUAUGCUGUUUAUUGCUUAUUGUUGGCUUUGAAUAAAAAAAAUGAAGAUAUAAGUUCAAGCUAACAAUUUUAGUUUACUGAAUAAGAUGUAACUGAAGCGUACAAUAGAUUUUUCAAUGUAUGGUAAUUUAUUGAGUUAUCGCCACAAAUUAACUCCUUAGAGAUUUGCUUGUAGAUACUUAAACAUUUAAAUCCUGA